GUAAGGGAAAGGGUGUACUUCACGACGAUGUUUCUGGUUGUGUUUGUGCAAGGCGACAAAGGAAUCUGUGGCUUGAUAUCGCGGUAGUAUUAAUACUCACAAAUUACUCUUUAAAAAGUGCUUUACCAUCACCAAUGCGGUUCGUAUUUUGAAAUAGUAAAAGUUUGCGAGAAUGUGACGAAGACCCGUUAUCAAACAAGCAGGUGCAACUUCAGUUGUGAAAAUAGAAAUCUGCGUAAUAUACUAUUGUAAAGAUGGAAUUUUUAGAAGCGGAGAGAGAGGACAUGAGUGAUUCAGAACCAUGCAGAGUGAAAAAUGACGAAACUGAGGAACAAAGAGAACUGAUGGAAGGGAAAAGUCAAGAACCAAAUGAAGUGGAGGAGGAAUAUCAGGAUGAAGAACCUCAUAAUGUCAUAACAGGAGAAAAAUCUAGAAGUUGCUCACAGACUGAAAAUGAUUUCUCACAGAAAAGAGCAGCCAAAAAAUCUUUUUGCUGUCCUCAAUGUGAAAAGAGCUUCACAUGCAGAGACCACCUUAUGGAUCACUUCAGAAUUCAUACUGGUGAAAGGCCUUACAUGUGUCCUCAGUGUGGAAAGAGUUUCAUUCAAAAAGGAAACCUCAGGAUUCACAUAAGAAUUCACACUGGAGAGAGGCCUUUCGUCUGCCCUCAGUGUGACAAGACUUUUAUACAUAAAGAAAACCUGAAGAAUCACAUGCGAAUUCACACUGGAGAGAAGCCUUUCACAUGUGAUCAGUGUGGAAAGAGUUUCAAACAAAUUGGACAUCUUAAGAUUCACAUAAGAAUUCACACUGGAGAGAGGCCAUGCACAUGCCUUCAGUGUGGGAAGAGUUUCAUACAUCAAGGAAACCUAAGAAGUCAUUUGAAAACUCAUUCUGGAGAGAAACUACACAAGUGUUCUCAGUGUGGCAGGAGUUACGCUGAGGCAACAUAUCUCAAAAAACACCUGAAAAUGCAUACAAAUGAGAGACCCUUCGUGUGUUCUGUUUGUGACAAAAGAUUUUCAUGGCGCAGAAGUUUUAAAGAACACCAGAAAACACAUACUGGAAUAAAACCUUACAAGUGCUCCCAUUGUGAAAAGAGUUUUGCUCAUUUAGGAACACUGAAAUCACAUGAAAGAGUGCAUACUGGAGAGAAGCAUACCACUGCCUUUCAUGUAGAAUGAGUUUUACUACAUCAGGAACUCUACUGACUCAUAAUUUAAAACAUUGUCCAAAGUUAUCACAGUGAGCAAAGUCAUUUUUUUUGGUUAAACACAGCUGAGGUGGUUUAUGGAGAAUGGAAAAGACAAUCAUUAAAAAAGUCCUGUGGUGUUAGAAGUUCAAAAAUACACUGUGUGUUGGGCUGGGCAGUAUGGCGAUAUAUCAUGGCGUUGGUAUAAAGUGUUAGUCGGUAGAGAUUUUUCUAUAUCAUCUAUAUCGCAGUGUGUUAUGAUCCACCUGGAAGGACGUGCGACUGAUAGUGAGAGACAAACAAACAUGGAAAAAGAUGAACACACGAAACAUGGGACGAAGCAAGACAAACACAGGAUGAGGAAUUUAUUUUUGUAUUAAAAGGUGCUGUUUUCUCACGUUCUUGGAUGAGAGCACUCUUUCUGACGUGAGAGAAAGAGAGAGAUAGAGUGCUUCAGAUUCUAAUCAUUUUACAUUCCGAGAGAAAAUAAGGAGUUUGUUAAGGCUUCAUCGUCCAUGGUGUGAAACUGACCCUCCACUAUAAGCCCGACUGCCAUUUGUUACUGUUGUUGACGCCGUCAAGCUUUCUUUCCGGCAUCUGUACUUCCGCAAAAAUGGAGAGAGAAGCGAUCGCGUUUGAGUAAAUUACCUCAGGAAUGAUUAAAUAACACCUGUGUCAACAUCGCAUUUAUAUCUACGUAACAGUUCAGGUUCAGUGGAAAGGAGGUGGGAACCAGAUGAAGCAUCAAAGUAAUGUUUUUAAUAAACUUAAACACAAAGACACACAAACGUAAACGCAUACAAUGCAGCUGCCUGUAGCUCGCUCUCUCUCGAACUGCUGCAUCUCGUUGCACCUAUCCCUCUCCUCGGCUGAUUAGCCCGAUUGGGGGCCGGGCGUGCGUAGGCACGGCUCGGCCCCACACUCCUCCUCGUCACACUCCUUCUUCCUUUGCCUUAGGCCGGGGAUCCCCCGGCAUGAUGUACAUCCCCCUCUCCUGGCCCCGCCUGCUGGCAGGCCUUUCCUGCCUUCCGCGACCUGGGAGGGAGACAAGGGGAGGGGAAAAACAAAACAACAAAAAGAGGAGAGGGAAAGGUCAACGCGGAGCGAGAGAGAGGAAAAACUUACUCGCUGGUUCCCAGACACGCCGUCGCCUGGUCCUCGAUCACUCCUCCACCCUCUGGCAGAAAACAGACACUCCUUCCUGGGCAGACCGGCGCCAGUCCUCUGACCCCUGGUGGACGGAAUGCUCCUCCGCGUUUUGACGGCCGGUAGGGAACUCCUCCGCCACUGGCAGCAGCCCCACUGCUCCAGGCGGCCAGCAGUGAGCUGCUCCUCCCCUCGCAGAUGGCAGCCGUUCCUCCGCGUCCAGGUGGCCGGUAGCAACUCCUUUGGGUUGGAUGGGAGAGGCGAGGACUCUACGACGGUGCAUCCCUCCCCCUUCCUGGGCUUCGGCACCAAUGUAACAGGGUUCAAUAGAAAGGAGGCGGCAGGAACCGGACGAAGCAUCAAAGUAAUAUUUUUAAGAAACUUAAACAUAAAGACACACAUACGUAAACGCAUACAGGGCAGGUGCCUGUAGCUCUCUCGAACUGCCGCAUCUCGUUGCACCUAUCCCUCUCCUCGGCUGAUUAGCCCGAUUGGGGGCCCCACCCUCUUCCUUGUCACAAUCUAGUAGGCUAUAUCCACCUUUCCUGACUUCUCCAUGGGCGGUGCCAUUACGGCGAGAGACUUCCUCUCAGAUGCUCCACAUUUUCACUUAGUUGUUGUUAUCAGCUAGACUAACGUUACUGGUAAUGGCAAGCAGCAGAGGCUCUGGAGGAAUAUGUGCUGUUAAAGGGUGUUAUAACAACUACAGUUGACUUAAAAACUACUGGAAAAUGAGUGUUACACCGAUAAGCCUGCCCAAAAGCUGCCAAUGCCCGAAAUGUUUAGAGUCGCACCAGAUGGCAUAAGCAGAGGUUGCAUUAAACUAAUUCUUUGUCACUUGCCUAUUUUUUUAUUUAUUUUUUUUUAAACAUUGAUGGAUAUUUCCAAAUUUUGGCAGAUAAAACUCCUCAUUUUAUAUAUUUUUUAAUCAUUUUUACGAGGUUCGUAUCUCAAGUUGCGCUGUUCUUCUCAACAGUCUGCGUUGUUAAUGCAGAAAUAAUGCAAAGGUAUGUCCCUUAAAUGUGAACCAUACAUCCUCUUUUCAUGGAUAUGUCCUCUUUUUCUAACCUUAAAGCGUCCGGUAGGGAUUUCUAGAUUCCCUAAAUGUUUUCAUAUUGAAGCGCUCAACAAGAAACACAAUGAAAUCUAGCGCAUCAUGUACAUUGAUUCUUUCUCUCUUUGCGUGCUGUAUGUCGGUGUCUCUCUCUCUCUCUCUCUCUCUCUCUCUUACUCUCCCUUACUCUUUCACUCACGUGCUAAGAAUGCACUAAGCAUAAUGGGUAAUUUCACUGCCUUUGAAAAUCAUGGAUACAGAAGUUGCCAAAAAGGUUUCCAGUAUCCACUACAAGGCUAAAUCCAAACCAAAUACGUGAUUGAUGGAUUUGCUUCAGAAUCAACACAAACGCUUCUGUUCAUCUCAUUGUUUGCUUGGAUUAAAAAUCAAUGCAGAGUAGACAAAACAGAUCAAAUAUUUUUAAUAAAUAUUUAUUGAUGAAAUAUUUUAUUGCAAUUGACAUGACAGGUCUACCAUUAUGCUACUUUGGACAUGGUUUUACAUGAAAAAUUAACUUUUUUAAGUUAAGUUUUUGAAUCACUUUCCAUCAAAAUAUGUAGGUCGGCUUUAUUGUCAUUAAUAUCAUUAUCGACUAAGAAUUUCUAUAUAUAUAUUUGCCUAUAUUGCCCACCCCUAUUACAUGGUUUUUUAAUAUAUAAACCCUUUUUUGUCGAUUUUCCAGAAAAAAAAACAAAAAAAAACAAAAAAAAAAACUAUAUCGUGAUAUAGGUCUGGGCAAUAAAAAGAUCUUGAUAUUUAUGGAGGGAAAAUAAUUCUUUAUAGCGAUGAUAAACUUUCAAGUAAUUUGCUGUAUUUAGCCUAUAUUCUACAUCUAAAUGAGCAGGUGCUUGUCGCUAAAAAUACAAGCAGUUUGGCAAAGUUAUACACACAACUAGCUAACUGAAUCACAGUCAUGAAAUCAGCCUGUUAGGAAGUAUUAGCUGGCUAGUGGCUAGGUAGCCACUAGAUAGCUAUCUGGCCAAUAUGAUAUGGUUGUGUACCAAACAAGAUAUCACUGACAAUACAAAACAGCUUUCAACUGAACACAACAACAACUCCCACAUCAACACCACCGCUGUUUCAUGAUCCAUAGUGCUGUCACAUCUGCUAAUUGUUUGACACAGUCAAGAAAGUCUUACAAUGGACAAAAUGACUUUUAGGCUAUGACAAUUACGUCAUGUACGGGACACGCGUCAGGCCAAAACCAGAAAGAAGAAAAUUGUUGGAAACUUAAAAAUGAACGACCAUAGGUAGAGUCAAAUGUCCACUGAAGAUGAUGAAAUAGUGGCAAAAAGAGGUCACACACCUUAUGUAGGACUAAAUCCUAAACUGAGCAUACUUCUUAAAUUUCAAAUGAAAAGGUAGCAUAACCUGUAGAGUUUACUUGUAAACAAACUAGUAAUAUAUUCAUUUUUGAGUUCAAACAAACAUGUAAAAUGCAUUUCCUUCUCUAUUGAUGAUAUGAAAUUUGUAUCGUGAUAAAUACUGUUAUUGAACCAUUAAAAAAAUAUAUAUUGUACUAAUAUAUUUGUCCAUAUCGCCCAAUCCUAACGUGAUAUUUACUGUUAUUGUGAUAUAAAAUUACUCGUACCAAGAUAUAGAAUUUUGGUCAUAUCGCUCACUCAUACUGUGGGUUAUAACUAUUGAAAUAUGAUUAUUUUGGUCAUACCAGUUUCUGCUUUGUUUGCUGAAAUCAAUCAAAUGAGCAGUCUUUUUUGUGUAACCUAUUUAAUGAGCACUAAAACAUUUCAUUUUAUAUGAAAAAUGGCUUUUAAUGUAUCUCAACUAUGUAGUUAUACUGUAGUUUACUUUAUAUUAGUAAUUAGAUUUAGAUUUAAGCCAGUUCCUCGUGCCACCUACUAAACAUUUUAAAGAGUUUUUUUUUUCUUUUGCCAUUGUCGCCUUUGGCUUGCUCAUAGGGGACUCAAAGGCAUCAAGGCAUUAUUUCUAUAAAGCUGGUCACUUUUAAAUGACUUGAUCAGUACAAAGUUUACUGGAUCUAUUUGUGCUACUUUGUAAUUUGUUCCUACUUUCCUCUCUGUCUGAUUAUAUAAUGAAUCUUUUAUUGCAAAAAUGUUUCUAGUUGCUACUGCAAUUCUGGCAAUUGUCACUACAACUUUUCUCUUUUUUCACCGAUGUCUUUGAAUUUCAAUUUUAGAUAUGUUUGAUUUGUUUGUUUGUCAUGUGUUUGUGAAGUUUGCCUACAUUGGCCCUGAAUUAAAUCUGAGUUUGACUUAAAAUUUAAUAAACUGUCACAAAUCAAUUCCAAGGUGGCCUGUUUUGUUUGAGAAUCCAUACCAGGUCCAUCGUUUUUAAUAUAGCUGCUGAAUGUCUAUUAUUUCAUGCAAAUAAUUCCCUGUUGUCAGAGCUUGUUGCUCUUAUUCUAGCUGACCAUUAGUUUAAGGCUUGUUCAUGGUGGAAAACAAUAUCUUGGGAAGAUAAAGGCUCACUUAGAUUCAUUUUCAUC